CGUUUUUAAAGUGCUUUCCGUAUAGUGGGAAUUGCGCUCUAGCAUGGACAAUAUUGGAACUUAAGGAGGUUACAAUCUUAGUAUUUCCACGAUGAUCUAUUUGGGAUAUACUUGCCUUGAAGAAAGUUGUAACAUGACUGACAGUGUCCGUGGAGAAAUAAAUAUUAAAAUGGUACGCAGAGUCGAAGUACUGAGUCAGUAAACUGUGUUACACUGGCGGGCAUGUCCGUAUUCCAUGGUCCGUUUAGGAUUAUGAUGACUUCAUGUGCCACAUGUUUUACAACUGGGUCAUUUUAAUAACUUGAAAUCCAUGGAAUAUUAUUGAUCAAUGCCGGUUCAAAACUUGUCAACAAAGCUUUGAACUUGACGAUGUCACUCUAGUAAACAAGCCCAGCAUGAAACGAGGAGAAUAUUUCAUGGCUAAAGUGCACACCCGCAUCUUGAUCAGGGUUCAUCCAUUACAACACUCGUUCUCUAACGACAUUCAACAACUCAGUUUGUUACGUUACCAUAGAAACUACUACUCUGAGGACGACUUUAGGGAAAGUUGCGGUAUUACGUUAUCCCUAGAGUUUUGAGUGUCCAUGGCAAUUGAGAGAGACCGUUUUUAUUAAGUGUUUUUUUUUUCAGUUUAUAUUAUUUCAAAAGUUCUUGCCGUUUGCAAUUUAUCUUAUUUACAAGUCAAGUUUUUAACUCAACGUUCAAAAUGCCUGCUGAACAGCCAACCAUUGGAGUGAAGUUUGUCUGUGCCGGAACUGCUGCCUGCAUGGCUGAUAUGAUCACUUUCCCAUUGGACACUGCCAAGGUUCGAUUACAGAUUCAAGGUGAAGGGAACAAGAAAAUCACGGGGUCUAUCUCUAAAAGUAUUAAUAAGCCAGUAACCGAAGUGCGUUACAAGGGUGUGUUUGGUACCAUCUCUACCAUCGCCCGUGUUGAGGGACCACGUGCUCUGUACAAUGGCGUCAGUGCUGGUCUGCAACGUCAAAUGUGCUUUGCCUCUAUUCGUCUCGGCCUUUACGACUCUGUUAGAGGGUUCUAUCAAACCACCAUUUCCUCAGAUCUCCCAGGGUUUAAUGUGGUGACGCGAAUUCUUGCUGGCAUGACAACUGGGGCCACCGCCAUCUUGUUUGCCCAGCCGACCGACGUGGUUAAAGUUCGUCUCCAAGCUCAGAACAAAGCUGGUGGAGCAAAGAGAUAUUCUGGAGCGUUCGAUGCAUACAAGAAGAUUGUAAAAGCGGAUGGUGUUAGAGGAUUGUGGCGAGGUACCCUCCCUAACAUCGCUCGAAAUGCAGUGAUUAACUCUGCUGAGUUGGUGGUAUAUGACCUCACUAAAGAAACUAUUAUUAAACGUCGAAUCCUACCAGAUAGUUUGCCCUGUCAUUUCGCCUCUGCCAUCUUUGCUGGAUUUGUAGCCACAUGUGUCGCCUCACCAAUAGACGUCGUCAAGACCAGGUUCAUGAACUCAAACCCAGGCCUGUACUCUGGAGCUAUUGACUGUGCUGCUAAGAUGUUCAAAGAAGGUGGAAUAAAGUCAUUUUAUAAAGGGUUCAUUCCUUCUUUCAUGCGACUUGGAUCAUGGAACGUCUUCAUGUUCAUCUUCUACGAGCAACUGAAGAAGAGAGUAAUGGAACAUAAAAAACAACAACGAAUUCAACAUCAGAGGACUCAAUUUGCCUAACAGUCCAACAGACCUGACACCGACUGUAACAGUUUGUAACACUCAAAGAAUUUGUGGGAACACUGAACUUAUGUUUGAGGAGGAAAUCGUCAGAUUGUCUAGGACCUUGGAAGUGAUCAGUUGGGCGACUUUGAUAUGAGGUCGACCUAGAAUCAAUGCUACGCCCGGAUACAAAUCUUCAAUGUGCACUGUAAGAGAGAUUGUGUCUCUAUCGUAAACUUUUUUUUCGGAUUCUCCUCUCGAUACGACCAACCUGCUUCAUAAUGUCUAACAUUGAUACUUACAUACGGACAAAUCCACUGACCAAUGUUGUCUUGGCAUUUUAUAAAACAAAACUGACCUACUGUGUAACAAUGUACCUUGCAAACGGUACUUGACAAACAUUGAAAUGAGUUCUGCUGUGUUUGUAUUUUUUCUAAAAAGUUCUCUUAGAUAUUUUUCGUUUCCUCCUUAAAGGACAUACCACAUUUUCAGUCGUGUUUUAGGAUAUUUUCAACUAAUUAUUUUGGAUCAAUUAUAUCCCCAUAUUUAGUAAUCAUGGUUUCUAAAAAGAAUGAAAAUGAGAGUAAACCAGAAACGGAAACGUUAUAUUACAUGUAUGCGUAGAUGUUAAUGUAUAAUCUAGGACCAAACAGCGCAUGCGCAAUGAAUGUAUUAUGAUUUUUCAGUUUCUUGAUGGGGAAGGGGGAUUACAAUUCAUUGUUUAGAUUUUAUUUCUGCUCGGAAUGCAUAAUGGGAAUGUUUACCACCCUGCAAUAUAAACAUCAGUACUCAGACUGAAUUUGCUUCUGUCGCAGAGUUGUUUGCUUUGAUGUACAAGCCCACAACUGCCUGGCCUCUAUAAAACGUUGGCAUUAUCCAAGCGUUCACAAUAUUACACGAUGUGUCAUGUGAGUCUUAGAUUACCAAACCGGUUACGUAAACCAGGAGGGUAAUACAAAUGGCAAUCUUUUUUAAGAUCUAUACCACAUGGAAUACGAUUUAGCUCUGGCUUUUUUUGAACUUGUGCUAAGUGUAAAUAAUUGUUUUUGUAACAUAGAAGCUCAAUAUUUUUUACCUAAAACGCUACAGAAAGUCGUGUAAAUAAACAUUUACAUGUUUGAAAUGUUCUAUUUUGUAAAUUAGUCAAUUUAUAAUUUAUUAUAUGGAAAUGAAAAUAAAAUGGAAAUUAUGUAAAUU